GCGGGCGCGGGCUCUGGAAGGUUCCGCCAUUGCCUCACUCCGGUGGCGGCGGCGGCUCGGCAGCGGCGGCUCGGCAGCGGCGGGGCCUUGCUCGGCUCCGGCAUGGGGAAGGAUUAUUACCGCACGCUGGGGCUGGCUCGUGGGGCCUCAGCCGAGGAUAUCCGGCGGGCCUACCGCCGGCAGGCCCUGCGCUACCACCCUGAUAAGAACAAGGAACCCGGAGCUGAAGAGCGGUUCAAGGAGGUGGCCGAGGCCUACGAUGUCCUCAGCGACCCCAAGAAACGGGAGAUCUUCGACAAGUACGGGGAGGAGGGCUUGAAAGGAGGGACCCCAACGUCCGGGCCUGGGGGUUCUAACGGGCCCACCUUCACCUACACCUUCCGCGGAGACCCCCACGCCAUGUUUGCCGAAUUCUUCGACGGCCGCAACCCCUUCGACACCUUCUUCGUGCAGCGCAACGGCGACGAUGAGGACGGUGACGACUCCUUCACCACCUUCCACGUGGGAGGCUUCGGCAGCGUCGGCUUCCCCCGGGCCCGCGCCGGUGCUGACGGCUCCUGCCGCAAACAGGACCCCCCAGUGCUCUACGACCUGAAGGUCUCCCUGGAGGAGAUCUACAGCGGCUGCACCAAGAAAAUGAAGAUCUCCCACAAGCGUCUCAACCCCGACGGGAAGACGAUGAGGAACGAGGACAAGAUCCUGACCAUCGAGGUGAAACGGGGCUGGAAGGAGGGCACCAAGAUCACCUUCCCCAAGGAGGGCGACCAGACCCCCAACAACAUCCCUGCCGACGUCGUCUUUGUGCUGAAGGACAAACCCCACGGUGUCUUCCGCCGCGAGGGCUCGGACAUUGUCUACCCGGCCAAGAUCAGCCUCCGCGAGGCGCUGUGUGGCUGUACAGUGAACACUCCGACGCUGGACGGCAGAACCAUCCCCAUGGUGUUCCAGGACGUGCUGAAGCCCGGCGUGAAGCGGCGGAUCCCGGGCGAGGGUCUGCCCUACCCCCGCAGCCCUGAGCAGCGCGGGGACCUCAUCAUCGAGUUUGAGGUCAAGUUCCCGGACCGCAUCCCGCAGGCCUCCCGCACCCUGCUGGAACAGAUCCUGCCGGUCUAGCCCCGAGCCCUGCCCUGCACCCCCCGUCCCCGCCACCCCUCACCCGGUUGUGGUGGGGAAUGGGGAAGGGGGGGAGGGGGCUUGGGGUAGGGUUUGAACCUCUUAGGGGACCACGCUUGGGAGGGGGCUUAGAGGGGUUGAGGCAGGUUCUGGCUGAGGAGGGCUCCGCGAAAGGCUGCAGGCUGGGAGGGGCUUGUGGUGUCCUCGGCCUCAUCGUGGAGGGGUUGGGGGGGUGAGUGUGGGGUCCUCAGUGCUCAUCUUGGAGAUCCUGAGGUGUCUUUGGUGUCCCCAGGUGGAAGAUCUUGGGGUGUGCUUGGUGCAUGUCCCAAUCUGUCUUGGGGGUCUGGGGGUGGUGAGGUGCCCUUGGUGUCCCAAUCUGAGAGCCUGGGUUGUCUCUGGCAUCUCCCACCCCAUGCUGGGGGGGUCUCUGGGAGCACUGAGGUGUCCCCCUCUUUGAGAUCUUGGGGUGUCUUUGGUGUCACUCACCCCACCUUGAGGAUCCUGACAUGUCCUUGCCCCCCCCCACGAAGCUCUGGAGGUCUCAGGGUGUCUUUGUGCCACUCCAUCCCCAUCUUGAGGGGUCUUGGAGUGUCCCACUCUCCAUCUUCUGCUGUCCUUGUUCCCUCAUUUCUGUGCUGUGGUGGCCCUGGGGUCUCUUUGUCCCUCCCUUCCCCCCAUCGUGGGGGGGCUCCUGCUGUCCUUUCCCUCCCCCUCCUUGUCCCCCCUAUCUCUGGCCUCAGGGGGGAUCUUGGGGUCCCUUGCACCCCCGUCUUGGGGGAGCUCCUGGUGUCCUUGCCCCCCUCACCCACCUCAUGAGGGUUAUGGAGUGUCUUUGGUGUUGUCCUCUCAUCUUGGGGGUCUUUGAAGGGGGGUGGGGGCCUUGCCUGGUGUGUGCCACUCCCCUAUCCCAUAAUUCGAGUGUCUCCAGGUGCCCUCAGCCCCAUGUCUGUGUGCACCCCCCCAUUUUGAGGGUCUCCAUUUCCCCCACCCCCCACUUUGUGGGGUCUCCAGCUUUCCCCACCCCCCAUUUUUGGGGGUCUCCAGCUUUCCCCACACCCUAAUUUGGGGUUCUUCCCAGCACUGGGAGUUGUGUGUGGGGGUCGUGGGGUUGUUCUCACCACCUUCCAUCUCAUUCCAUUAUUGGGGGUAGAGGGGGUUAAGAGAGAUUCCCACCCCCACCAAAGGAGGGGAUGUUCUGGAGUGAGGGGGCCGCGGGCGGCUCAGGGCGGGGCAGGGCAGGGCCCUCCCACCCCUUUUUUUUGGGGGUGAAACUGCCCAGACUUGGGAGCUGCUGAUAAAGAACUGAAACCUCCA